AUGAUGGCAAGGGUUCGGGUGACAAUUCAGUCUCUAGAUGAGAGAUAUGUGGCGAUUCCGUCGACUUCAACUAUAUCCGGUGACUUUCAGGCGAUUUACGACGAGUUUCUUUUAACUUCUCUUCCUCUCGUUCUUUGUCCCACGGUGAUGGCAGUCGUUCAGGUGACGAUUCAUCCACCAGGUGAGACGGAGGCAGCGAUUCCGUCGACUUCAGGUGGUCCUGGUGACGUUUCAGACUAUUUUCGGCGAGUUAUCACGCUUCAGGCGACGAUUUCCGGCGAGGUUUCACGCUUCAAGCGGUUUCCGAUGACGUUUCAGACUUCUCUUCCUCUCGUUCUUUUCAGUCGCUAUUUUCUUUUUCACAUUCCUCCUCUCUUCUCCGACGACGUCGGCACUGUUAAUGGUGGCAAUAUAUCGUCGGCGGUGGUUGAAGAUAAUGGUUCCGGGAAGUUAUUAGAAUUUAACAUAUUUGUUUAUUAUUUGUGA